AUGAUCAACAAAGAAAGGAAACCUGCUGAAGCGAGAGUUGACGAAGUGAUGCAGAUCGAACGGUUUGGCUGCCUACAAAGGUUGUUACGAGUUACUGCGAAGGUAUUGCGUUUCAUCAGGAUUGUAUGGUCGAAGGUUUCAGGAACAGUGCAAGAAGUGCCAGUGAACGAUGAUGUCGAUGAUCUCAAGGUUGCCGAGGUGUUGUGGGUGCAGGCAACUCAACGAUGCAGUUUUCCCGAAGAAGUUAAAUUGCUAUCCGAGUUUGGCAACGAUGUGCAAACUAAUUUGAAGUCCAAAGUCAAGCAGUUUGGUCUAUAUUUCGAUGGCGAAGGCGUGAUGCGAUCUCGUGGGAGAGUUAAUGCUUCCUCGCUUCCACCAAAUAGCAAAAAUCCGAUCUUUCUGCCAAGCAAGCACCAGUUUGUCGAAUUGUUAAUCUGCCAUACACACAAUCAAAUAAUGCACAGUGGUGUUCGGGACACCUUGACUACAUUAAGAGAGCGAUUCUGGAUCUUAUGCGGGCGAGAGACUAUCAAGAAGAUCAUCAGACAUUGCGUUGUCUGCCGUAAGUGCGAAAGUGGCCCUUUUAAGUCACAACCAACUCCAGACCUGCCUGCAAUCAGAGUUUCCGACGACCCUCCAUUCACUCAUGUUGGCUUGGAUUUCGCUGGACCGUUAUUUAUUCGAUCCAAGCCAAAUGAAUCACCCACAACACAGAAUGACAGUCCAACCAUCAAAGUCUACGUAUUGCUUUUUACCUGCGCAUCAACAAGGGCUGUCCACCUUGAACUUACUCGAAGAGUUAGCGUGCAAGCAUUUCUACUUGCGUUUAGACGGUUUUCUAGUCGACGAGGAUUGCCAGCCACAAUUACAUCCGACAACGCUAAAGCUUCAAGUCAUCCAGUAAGGACAUUGGGAAAAUAAUUCAAUCACAAGAAGUAUGUAGGUACCUGGUUGAUAAACGUGUAAAGUGGCAGUUUAUUGUCGAACGCGCCCCCUGGUGGGGCGGCUUCUGGGAACGGUUAGUGCGCAGUGUCAAGCGGCCUUUGAAACGUGUCGUUGGUCACUCAACCCUAACGUACGACGAGUUACACACAAUCUUAGUCGAAAUCGAAGCAAUUGUCAAUGCGAGGCCUCUGACGUAUGUCUACGACGAUGCAGAGUCAAACUACGAACCCUUGACCUUGAACCCUUCGAAUCUCAUUUAUGGUCGACAUAUAACUAUGAGUCCAAACAGUUCGCAUCACGAAGUCGUGAGCACUAAUCGGUCGCUAACGCAAAGAGCUCGACACCACAAGCACUUGUUGGAGCAAGUCACGAAGCAAUGGCGAAGAGAGUACCUUAUUAGUUUGCGCAAGCAAGCGUCCGUGAAGUCGAAAGCUAACAGCUCGGGUUCCUCCAUUUCCCAAGGGGACGUUGUUAUCGUAAAAAAUGAGUCAACACCAAGAGCGUUUUGGAGACUCGCCCGAGUAGAACAGUUACUCCCAGGAAAGGACGGCAAGAAUAGAUCAGUUGUUAUUAAGCUUGGAGGUGGCAACGCAAGCACGACAAGACGACCAAUCGAACUGCUGGUACCGAUCGAAGUGAAAUCAAGCCCACCAGAAAUCGUUUCAAACAAAGACAAAGCGGUAGCUGAGAAAGAUGCAGCAGGUGAUGAAACCGCCGAAGGACGAAGUCGAAGAACAGCCGCGGUUGUUGGUGAAAUGAAAAGAAGGGACGGACAGAUGCUUUAGUGAAAAUUGAUAUAAUUAAGAUUCGUUAUCAUAUAUUUACAUAGUUAUGUUACGAAUGAUUAUCACUUCACUGAUUCAGUGAAUAAACAUUGGGGAAUGUCAUGAACGGGAUAUUUUAUUCUUUCUAUUUCUACUACAUAUUAACAGUUUUGUUGUCAUGGAGAUUGAACUCCUUGCAUGGUUAAUCAUAUGCAUGAAUAUGACAUAUAGAUGACGUAAUUUAACCACGUGAUUAUAGGGUGUAACGUAAAAUAUUGGGAUUAUUAUUGUUAGAUGUUUUUUGUGUGUAAAAAAUGUAGACCUGUCUGUAGACCUAAUUGUAUCAUCUUCAGUGUCCACAAGCAGCCCAGCUCCUCAUCAGGAUACACCAAGUGGACUGCCUGUAAAUACACAGACACAGUCACAAUCAGUUCUACAAUAUUUGAGAACUAUAUUUUCACCUUAUGCAAAAAGAGUGUCUUGCCUGCUUCAGCAUAUCAACAAGCACAACUCCCUGGAAGGCUGUAUAGGCCGUAUUACACCAUCAAAGAAAUAUGGACACACAAAUUUUUUUGUUUAAGUCAACGUACACAAAACCGUGUGCCUUCCAGAUCAGUUAAAAUCGCAUUACAAAAAUGCAGUUUUGGUAGAAGAAAGAUAUGUUUUCCUUCCAAAGCAAACUAUUCAAUGUUAGAAGAAAAAUUGUUAGAAUAUCCAAAGCUGGUAGAUGCAGGAGGGAUUCAAAUUCUAUGGACAGGCUCUGGAGACAGCACUUUUACUGUUAUUUCACCACCUGCAACUAGAUAUUCUGUUCCUUUCUUGAGGGAUACUUCAGGUCUGGACCAGGCACUAGGCUACAUUAGGCCACUUCAACAAAAUCUGGAUAGAAGUGUAAAUGCUGUGGUAUGAUUAUCUAUGCAUAAUGGAUCGGUAAUUAUUUAUGGAAGAGGGGAGGGGAAUUUUUUCUUUCCUAAAUUUUUAUAAUUGAAAGUCCCCCCUUAAAAGAGCUGAAAUUUGAUUAUGACCCCCUGGAUAUUACAAUAUUUUUAUUUGCCCCCCAUUUUCAUUUUUACCCCCCCGCCCCCAUUUUCAUUUUUACCCGUGAAAUGGGGAUACCCAGACGUUAUAGUGUUAAUUAUUAAAUAAGAAUAUGGAACUGUGACCAUGAUUUAGUCGCAAUAUUUACAACCAAAUGGAUACCAGGCUUAUUGAGCAAAAAUACCCCCCUUCUAGCCAUUUAUUUAUACAUAAGCCCCCCUUAUUUUUCCCCUCCCCUUCCAUAUAUAAUGACCGCUGUUACAGGACAUUCGCCCCCCAGGAGAUUUGCCCCCUUCUCAAAAGGGGGGCAAUAUUCGCCCCCUGGGGCGAAUCUCAUAGGAAUAUCGCCCCCCAGGGGGCGAAUCUCCUAGGAAUAUUGCCCCCCUUUUGGAAUUUUGCCCCCCCCCCAUAUAAUUUUUUAUCUAAAAAUAAAACAUUGCGAGUUGAAAAGAUUUAUUGUGUGAUUUAUUUAUUUAUUACAAGGAGACAAAAUUACAUACACAUUUUAGGCUUCUUAGCAGCUGGUGGUGUGCACAGUCGGCAUAACCACUCAUUUGAGGUGUCAUAUUCUACACAUCUAAAGUGGAACCAUUGCCCACAGAGAUUGCAUAAAAUCAUGUUGUCGUAUUCUUCUGGCAGUUUACAUUCACAUAACAUAUAAAAACAAUCGGUUGCAAAUUUUAUCAAUAGCAUCCAUUGAAUCGUCAACUUUCCAU